AUGAAUCUGCUGCAUAGUCAAGAAUUGGAAUCCUUGAGAAAAGAGAAUGUGCGUCUGCUGAAUGAGAAUGGAGAGCUGCGUAAGAUGGUGGUAUUGAUGCAAGAAAAUUUAGAGUUGCGCUGCACACUAAGGGACCAUGAAAGUCGUGUGCGAACACUCUCUCCACCAGCAGCAGGAUACAAGGACGACAAAGACAAAGGUAGACUGAGUUUGGUAGGAAUAAGUUUGAAUGUGAAAGAACCAUUGUCAGAAGCAGCAAGCAGUGGUGGUCAGAUCAGUGUGGAGUUUCUUGCCUUUGGAAACAGUUUCAAAGACAGGAGCAUGGAUGUGCAUAGUCAUGAUGUGGAAGCCUUAAGGAAGGCCAAUGCACACCUGGUGACUGAAAAUGGAGAACUGCGAAACAUGGUGGGGUUAAUGCAAGAAAACAUACAGCUGCAUUGCACACUGAGAGACCAGGAAAGUCACAUGAGCACACUCUCUGCUCCACAAACAGGAUUUAAAAACCUUAAAGAUAAGGGUCUGAUCGAUCAAGAAAGUAAGGACAAGAAAGACGAUCUCACAGAAAAGCCUCACAUUCCCCAACAGGAAGACAAUGAACACCUUCAACAUUGCCAUCAGGUUCUAGGUGAAAUUGCUUUCCAGCUAGACCGGCGGAUACUCUCGUACAUCUUCCUGGAACAGAGCCGUAUUUAUGGAUUCACUGUGUCCAAUGCUCUGGAAAAGAUUAUGCAGGCAUCUACAUGUCCUCUGACUAACAAUGUAAAUGAAGUACAAAGAGCUGAGAUGAUGGCACGCUACACAGACAUUAUGAAUCGCCUCAAGAAGCUUGGCUAUGACACUCGAGUACACCCUAUGGUCAGUGAGCACCUGGUAAACUCCUACGGAAUCCUGAAAAAACAUCCAGAACCUUUGACAAAAGAAUGGGAAUCUUAUAAUGAUCCAGAAGUUCUGUACAAGAUAGCAACUGAUGCUGCACCUUCUGACUCAGUGAAACAUGUGCAGGUCCUCCUCAACUGUCUGGUUAAUCUGGCCAAGGAGGAUGGAAAGAGUUUAUUUAUCUGGUAGAGAGAGACAUACAAUGCCUACCCUCUUUCUCUAACCCUACCCCCUCAUUCUCAACUUGGACAUUAACCAUUAAAGGAUUGUUGAGCACUAAA